UGCAGCUCCGCCGCCCGCAGCGGCCGCCCGGCGCCAGCCUGGAGCGCCGCCCGAUCCCGGCGCGGACAUGGGCGAGCGGAAACGCGAGCCCGCGCCACACCCGAAACUGCGCCGUCAGCACCACAGUGUGGACAACGUCAGUCGGGACAAAGAGCCGCCGGCCAGUGACAGUAAGAACACAAGCGCCAAGUACCUGGCCCGCGACAGCAGCGGCAAGCCCAACAGGUUUGGGUGGAAGAGCUGGAGCCAGCAUCGGCUUAGCGACUUCUCUGCCAAGAAGGCCUUCGGUCGUUUCAAGGACACGGGCGGCAAGGAUGGAAAUCGGGUUACGACAGUGGUGGCUACGCCCGGUCAGGGCUCCGACAAGCCCCACGAGGUGUCCUACUCAGACACCAAGGUGAUAGGAAAUGGAAGCUUUGGUGUGGUAUACCAGGCGAAGCUUUGCGAUUCUGGAGAACUGGUGGCGAUCAAAAAAGUACUCCAAGACAAGCGAUUCAAGAACCGAGAGCUUCAGAUUAUGAGGAAGCUGGAGCACUGUAACAUAGUUAAGUUGAAGUACUUUUUCUACUCCAGCGGAGAUCAGAAGGACGAGGUCUACCUGAACCUCGUGCUGGAGUACAUACCGGAGACGGUGUACAAGGUGUCGCGCCACUACAACCGCUCCAAGCAGACCAUACCCAUCAGCUUCAUCAAGCUGUACAUGUACCAGCUGUUCCGGUCGCUGGCGUACAUCCACUCGCUGGGCAUCUGCCACCGGGACAUCAAGCCGCAGAACCUGCUGCUGGACCCGGAGUCGGGCGUGCUGAAACUCUGCGACUUCGGCAGCGCCAAGAUCCUGGUGGCCGGCGAGGCCAAUGUCUCGUACAUCUGCUCGCGCUACUACCGGGCGCCCGAGCUGAUCUUCGGCGCCACCAACUAUACGACGAACAUUGACGUCUGGAGCGCCGGCUGCGUGCUGGCCGAGCUGCUGCUGGGCCAGCCCAUCUUCCCAGGCGACAGUGGUGUCGACCAGCUGGUCGAGAUCAUCAAGGUGCUGGGCACGCCCACGCGCGAGCAGCUGGGCGAGAUGAACCCCAAUUACACGGAGUUCAAGUUCCCGCAGAUCCGCGCCCACCCCUGGCAGAAGGUGUUCCGGGCACGCACGCCGCCCGAGGCCAUCGACCUGGUGUCACGGUUGCUGCAGUACACGCCCACCAUGCGCACCACGCCGCUGGAGGCCUGCGCGCACGCGUUCUUCAACGAGCUGCGCCUGCCGCAAGCUCGGCUGCCCAGCGGCCGAGAGCUGCCCCCGCUCUUCAACUUCACGGACGCCGAGCUGAAGGCGUGUCCGUCUCUGACCAGCACGCUGGUGCCGGCGCACGCGCGCGCCGGCGGCACCGCGGCGGCCGAGCCGGACGGCGCGGCGCCGCCGACAGAGCCGGCCGCCUAUUCCUGA